UGAAAAUUAUUUUACUCCCGAUCUGCAAAUUAAUCGCCGGUUUUUCAUGAUGAAUAUACUGAAUAAAAAAAACUUGAAGAAGAGUGAAAAUAACUCCUGUUAUUACACGCUUAGAAUAGCGUUGCCAAAAUCGACAUUGCAAAGAUUUCGUAGAGACUAUUGUUAUUUUCCCAGUUGUAAUAUAAGCACUUAACUUACUCCUGCUUGAUGUUUUCCCAUGAUUUUACUUUUCUUAUAAAAGAUCCUUGAGGACUUAUUCCAGGCACUGCUUUUUAAAAUAGAGGAGCUGGCUAUUUUUAUCUCCAAUUAUUUCCUUGAAUUUGUGUAGUAUCUCUUGUCUACUCUUCAGCAUGUUUUCUUAAAUUCAUUUGUACUCAUUAUUAUGAAAAACCGUCGAUCGAUAAAUUUGCAGAUUAUCAGUAAAAUAAUUUAUAAACUGUAUAAAUACACUCAUACUGUCAAGCGUACUUAGAAGCUGCAAUGCUGGUUGCCUGUAUUCAUGCAUCACACGCACUCUAGCGAGGGAGCACAUGUGAAUGAGACACAUUCUGGCCCUACCUCAGAGAUCCUCCGGGUGGUACCUCCACUUUCGACAGCCGGAGACCGUCUACUGCCUACGGACAGUUACAACAUCCAUAGCCAAGAAAAAUUCUCGGGGGAUAGGAUUCGAACCUGCGCAGCUUACGGCGACCGAUUAGCAGACACGUUGCUUGUACCGGCACUUAAUCCUCCAGGAACGUGUAUAAACUAUAAAUUUGACCCGUAUCCACUUUAUAUUUACGGACGGUGGCUGAUAAACAACAGUAUUUUGAAUAUCCAAGACGCUUAGGGUCCUCCUUGCUCCUCCCUUAGCGGGACGACAUGGCAUCAUCACCAGCAUCCAUAGGCAAACUAACCUAUUAAAAUAUAUGUUAGCAGAAAUUUCUAAGCGAAUAUAACUAUCCAAGAUUUCUAAUCAGAUAUGACGUAAUUCCCAUUGCUUUAAAUGGGUUAAAGCAACACUAACGUUUUGUAAAAAGUGGAAUACCGUGUCCGCACUAGGAUUGUGCGUUUUAUUUUGACUGACAUCACGACAUGCGAAUUUCACGAUAUUAACUUAGGUUAAGGUAGUUAUUUAGUCCUACUAUGACAGAACAAGCAAAUGGAAUAUUAUUUCGGAAUUUCUGGUCCCUCAGAAGUAUUUUUUGACCUCACUGUGAACAGAUCGUAAAGUUGUCAAACUUCGAUGUUUGGGUACCUUACAAUUCUGUUUUAUCCUAAAAAUGUUUUUUGAUUCCACUCAAAUAUUAUUAGAAACUUCAAAAACAUCGAGCAACAAAGUUUGGCAGCAUUCUGAUAUCGAUCGUCUUCACUCAAAAGUCUGCGGACACUGAACAGAAAACCUACAAAGAGUAUUUUAAGAAUUUUAUCAAAAGCGCUAAGCAGACCGACAGCACUUAGUGACAUGGUUUUUUGUGCUGUUCAUGGAAAAAGUAUUUCAAAUUCGAUUUUUUUUCACGCCAAUUGACAAAACUUUCGAUGCGGUGGAAUAUACUAACGAAGCUCUUUCUUUUGUAUUUUAAAUUAGUAGAAAAACAAAAACUAACCAUCAAAAUUCUUGUUUUUUUCUUUCAUUAUCUGUUUGUUUUAUUAUUUCUUUCAUUAAACAUUUUGUACAUGUACUUUUUCUUUUAUUUAACUUGAAAUUCAUGUAAAGGCGAUAGAAAAAAUAAGAAUUCUGGGGUUAAUUCGCCACUUCCCUGAGACCCUAACUUGUGACGUCACUUGUACUCUCACAAGUUUGAGACUCGGGUAUUGGCGGUUAAACGUUUCUUCACUUUAGUUUUAAGAAGCGUCCUCAAUGCACGCCACUGGAGUCUGGUGAUGUUUUAGGUUAGGAUGUUGCCAGAUUUCAACCUUGAUUGUCCACUACUAUUAGGCGCAAAGCUCUGACCUUACUUACAGGAUAUACAGAGCUUUGUGAAAUUUUUAUUUUUCUGGAAAGUAGUGGAAAGUCGAUACUGCCUAUUGACAUGAAAAUCAGACUUUUAACAAAAACUGCACAAUUGUUAUUUUUUGUUGAAAUCAUGCGAACAGUGGGAUGCCUGAAAACUCAAGAGGCUUCCUACAGAGUGCUCCCCGCCCAAAAAGAAGAAUGUUUUUAAAAUUUUAUUUUUCAUUAAAGUUUGGCUCCUAGUACAGGCUUCGCGGGCAUUCAGGUAUAUAGUUGUAGUCACCGUUCUUGGCCGGUCAAAGUAAGACUACCAGUAUUCCUUUAUAUAUCUCCAUCUCCCACAUACAUACACAUGCAACCUACCCCUGUGUGUGAACGUUUGUUCGGUAAGGUCAAAGACAUACGUUUUUUAGUUGUGAGUCUCAGUCUCGAAAACUUUGUCGUUAGUAUGAGUUCCCUUCAAUGAUAUUUGUUAGAGUGACAACUUCCUUGACCUCGGCGUGCAAUUUGAGGUGUCCUGUUAUCUAUCUUCAAUAUAAAUUGUACAAUGCCCGGAAAUACGAUCAAUGGAGAAAGCCUAUAGCUCGUGCUAGAUUUAUUAGAGUAUUUCCGGAAAGAGAAUGAAAACAGCGGUCCCUCGUAACCCACUUCUUGCGUACUGGAGUUAGUUAAGAAAAUUACCGCCUAUGGUACGGAGACUCGAUCUGUUUACUUAUUACAUAUGGCGUUGAUGAUGUAACCGCCAAGAACGGUGACUACAACUAUACCCCUGUAAAUUGUAUCUAGAGAAAUUAUUGGUGUUUUCUAGUUCGAUAUUGAAUAAUAAUCGAUGUACUUUUUUUUGCUUAAAUGUUGCCUAAUAUUGCUGUACUAUCAGCCAGCGGGUACGUUUACUAUUCAUCAUCCGCCGGAUAUUGCUAAAUUUGGUACGUAUUUACGAUGUUUUGAACAUAUAAAUAAACUUAAUGAGAAUUUGCAAUUUGAGGAUGUCUGUAUGAUAAAAUGUAGACUUCUUAAAUUAUUCUUACAUUUUACUCCAAGUCCGACCCAUACUGUGUUUGUUAACGCACUUCUGUCAAGUGAGUCUUAACACUCUUAACCUUACUAUUUUGCUUUCAUGUAAACAAACUUGGAGAAGAACUUUGAAAAACGAACGUUUAACAUAUUUUCAACAUGCGAGUGAUUCAACAUGGAUAAUAUGGAUAACGAAGAAAUAACAAUGCUACUAAAAUAUCCCAUGAUGAGGAAGACUGUAGAAAAUGGAGUAGACAAAUAUCAGGGAGUUAUUGACGUUAAUGAGACCAUGUACAAAGUUUGUGUUGCUGAAUCAGACAAGGGUUGCACAUUGAAGCUACCAAGUGAACUUGUUCAUUUACAAGAUGACUUUAUUACCCUACAAUCUACCUUACAUCUUAAAGGUGUUGUAUCCUGUUUAGAUGCACUAAAAAACCUCAUAGAGGACAAGAUCCCAUCCAGUGCUCCAGCAAAUCACUGUGAUAUCUACAUCCAAGUACUAUUUGAAUAUUCUGAAUUCACCAAGUUCUAUGUAAGCCUUAAGUCAUGCUACCUCCAUCAUGAUUUGAGCAAAAUAAGCGUGAAAUUGUUAGACGAACAAAACAGAGAACACUCAGUUGUGAUAAAAGUUAACUACAAUGGAAAAGAGAUAUUUGAAAUAUUAGAGUAUGAUUUGCCAGUGGAAAAAGAUAAGUUAAAGUCUUCUUCAAGCCUUAGAGUUGUAUAUGACAAUUUUGCGGGACUUGUGAGCGAGUUGCAGACUUACUUUCAGCUAAUGGAAGAGUUUGAUAGAAGCUGUUUUGUAAUAGAUCCAGUUGAUCAGAAAUAUAGGCACAACUACAGGAGAAUUUGGUUGGAUGAUAACCUGUCAAUGAUUGUUACAAUCAAUCCAUUCAGAAUGUGUCAGAUACCAGAAAUAAAAUUCUUGGGUCCUGAUAGUCUUACAGAGUCCUACUAUUCAAAUAUAAACAAUACUAUCUUGGAAUGGGAUGCAAAUGGAAAUAUCUUUAUAGAGAUCAUGAAAUUAAUAGGUUUGGACGAUUAUCCACAGAAACCUGAGACUGCUAUAGAAGAAGACAUCUUAGUAAAUACCGGAGAUUGUUGCAUCUGCUUUUCUUCCAGACUCAAUGACAAGCUUCCAGAGGUUGUUUGUAAACAUGCAUUUUGUGGCAACAGCUAUCAUGUGGAAUGCCUAUACGAGUGGCUAGUUUCCGUGAAUGCAAGAAAAGUGUUCUCCAACAUCGUGGGGCAGUGUUUGAACUGUGAAAAAAAUAUAUCCUGUCCAAUUCCAAGUUAGAGUGGUUUUGUUCGCAAAGUGUGUUAAGGCCGCACGCCCCUUUUUUCCGCUUUCUCUUCAACUACCUGUUUGCAGCAGUAUUCUAAAUCCUUUUCAUCUAAUUACUUCAUGAUUUGUAUAGAGAUGACUAAAAAUCAUCGAUUUUAAUUUUGUUUUGUUAUAAAAUGUAUUUUUUGCAUUUUAUUGUUUAUUUUUUCUUCGAUCGUAACUUGUUAAUAUUACACAGCUCUGAAAUUGUAUGUAAAUAUUAAACUUUUAUGGAUUAAUGAAUUAAGUGAUUACUUUUAUCUUUGAUUUUCUUGAAAGCACAACUUCCUGCGAGACGAGGCUUCAAGAAAAUCAAAGAUUUUUGAAAAGGAAAAGUGACAAGAACAAAAGGAAUCACUCGUUUCAUUCUUCCAUAGAGUAGAGCUGUACUUAUAUUUGUUAACAAGUUCCGAUCGAAGAACAAAUGCACAAUAAAAUGAAUUUUUUGACAAAAAAAAUGAAAACAUUGUUUUUCAGUCACCAUGAAAUUAUCAGAUGAAACGGAUUUAGAAUACUGCUGCAAACCGGUAGUUGAAAAAAAUCGAAAAAAGUGACGUG